UUGCGUUGCAGCAGUGACACAGAGGAGAGGAGACUGUCCCGCAUCCUGCUCACAGCCGUCAGACAGACCACAGACACGCGCAGCCACCAUGACUCACCAGUAUCCCGCACUGACUCCUGAGCAGAAGAAGGAGCUGCAGGACAUCGCUCAGAGGAUAGUCGCUCCUGGAAAGGGCAUCCUCGCCGCCGAUGAGUCCACCGGCAGCAUGGCCAAGCGUCUGAACCCCAUCGGGGUGGAGAACACAGAGGAGAACAGGCGUCGCUACCGUCAGCUGCUCUUCACGGCCGACCAGAGCAUGGACAGCUGCAUCGGAGGCGUGAUCUUCUUCCACGAAACUCUUUACCAGAACACAGACGACGGCGUUCCCUUCGCCAAGCUCAUCAAAGACCGCGGCAUUGUCGUCGGCAUCAAGGUGGACAAAGGUGUUGUCCCUCUUGCUGGAACAAAUGGAGAGACCACGACUCAGGGUCUCGACGGGCUGUCUGAGCGCUGUGCUCAGUACAAGAAGGACGGCGCAGACUUCGCCAAGUGGCGCUCGGUGCUGAAGAUCAGCGACACCACUCCGUCUGAGCUCGCUAUCCUGGAGAACGCCAACGUCCUGGCACGAUAUGCUAGCAUCUGCCAGCAGAAUGGUAUUGUUCCUAUUGUGGAGCCUGAGAUCCUUCCUGAUGGAGACCAUGACCUGAAACGUUGCCAGUACGUCACUGAGAAGGUCCUCGCUGCAGUGUACAAGUCCCUGUCAGACCACCACGUGUACCUGGAGGGGACACUGCUCAAACCCAACAUGGUCACACCUGGACACUCCUGCCCCACCAAGUACAGCGGCGAGGAAAUCGCCAUGGCUACUGUCACUGCCCUGCGUCGCACCGUGCCUCCUGCUGUUCCAGGAGUGACCUUCUUGUCUGGUGGCCAGUCAGAGGAGGAGGCCAGUGUGAACCUUAAUGCCAUGAACAACUGUUCGCUCCCCAGGCCCUGGGCCCUGACCUUCUCCUAUGGCCGUGCUCUGCAGGCCUCUGCCCUCAACGCCUGGAGAGGAGAGCUGAGCAACGAGAAGGCCAGCACCGAGGAGUUCCUCAAACGUGCUCAGGCAAACAGUCUGGCUGCGCUCGGCAAGUACGAGUCUUCUGGAAGCGCCGGCUCCGCAGGAAAGUCCCUCUACGUAGCUAACCAUGCCUACUAAACAUCACUGUACCACACACACAUGUGAACUAGUUCUAAUGAAUAUUUGCUCUGCUUUUCUCCCCUGCGCCUUCACACAUCACAGGCCUGUGCUGUCUACUGUACUUUAGAGUCGUCAGAGUCCUUAAAAUGAUCUUAACUAUAUGUAUUUAAUAACAUAAUGUGAAACUACUAUACUUAAGGGAACAGGAGAGUUGUUAUUUUGUUUGUUUUUUUAAAUCAAACAGUUGUUUUGCGACAAUUUAGGAUAAAAGUAAACACUGGUUUUCUAACACAGUUCCUCUGCGACGCAGUUCCUCUCAGUCAGUAUUCAGUUCACGCACCGGUCUUCACAUGUAGUGUUUUCUGUCAACCACUCCUGAGCAGGUGUGUGUGUGUCUGUGUUUGGCUUCUGUCAGAAUAAAGUGCUUAAAGUGCUUCUAUUUAAAAACUGCUGCAGUAACACUCCCUGACAGUGGGACCAAGCGAUUAUUAGCGAUUAUCCAAACAUUCCCAAAGGGACGAGACAGUGAAGACUUUUCAUGUUGAGUGUUUGUUGUACUUUGAGACAGCUGUAGCUCCAGCAGAGGUCAGAGGUCACUGUGUUUUAACUAAACAAAUAUACACCACGAUGCAAACGUAUGAUUGAGCUUAACCUUUCUGUUCCCACACUUUAAUCACACCCUGCAACCUCGUCGGUUCUAAGUGUAACAUUAGCUUUAAAUCACAGUCAGCGAUUAAUGUAUUCAGUUGUGUGAAGGUGUCAAUAUUUAGUGAUUCCAGUGUGUCAUCACCCCUCCUGUUUCCCUGAGUCAGCCCCGUGGGAAAACGACAUGGUUUCUAUUGACGCGAACAUAAAACGGACCAAACCCACGGGAUGAGACGCAGGGAAACAGUCACUGCUGUGUUGAAAUGAUGUUUGUGAUCGUUACCAUUGUUCUUGAAGCACUUGGUGUAUCAAAUAGUGAAAGAAAUAAACGUUAAAAAACUUAA